GAGCGUUCUAUUUCUCAUAGAUGAGCAGCUGCUAGGCAGGACUGUCUUGAAAGCAGAGAGACAGUGAGAGAGACCAUUUGGUGCCUGAACGAGAGCGAGGGAGGGGGAGAGAGAAACGCACACACUCAGCGUGAGCUUGUGGUUUAAGCAGACACUAGCCGUGCGUUUAGGGAAACCCACAGUCUCAGCUCCCUGGGAUAAAGGAGUGUUGUUUCUGGCCCUGCUCUUUUUCCCCUUUUCAUUCUUUUAUUUUACUCCCUCCAUCCUUUCUCUUCUUCCUCUUACCUGCGGAAAGAGCUGGACCACUGUUUUCUCCCUGAAACACACCGAGCCGGCCUGAGGCGAGAGGAACGGCUGAGACAGCGCUAUUUGAGAUGGUUUUCCCAUAAGGCUGGUUCACACUAUUGGAGCAGUGAGAACUAGACUGCUGUACAAGACGGAGACUUUUGUUUUCGGCAGACAGGCUCUGAAGGGCAGAGGCAAAGUAGCGGAGGCUGAUGCUGUGAUACUGCAGGAGAAACAUACAGGCUCUCAUUUGAUGCAGUGAAGUGCUCCGUGAGGAAAAUCGCAAGCAAAGGUUUGCCGGCCAUGGGGAACCUCAUUAAAGUCCUUGGCAAGGAUUUAGAGAACUGUCCUCAUUUUUUCCUGGAUUUUGAAAGGGGAUCAUGGGAAAUCUCCUGAAACUGCUGGCUUGCACCGAACUUGAGCAUGGCCCAAUAGUUUUCCUUGACUUUGAACAUGCUCAGCCCACAGAGGCCGAGACAGCCGUGUGGAACCAGGUUAGUGCCGUGCUGGAAGAGGCCCAUGGGAUACUGGCAGAGUUACAGUCUUACAAUGGAGCAGGACAAGAAAUAAGAGAGGCGAUUCAGAACCCCAAUGACCUCCAGUUGCAGGAGAAAGCCUGGAAUGCAGUCUGCCCUCUGGUGGCCAAGCUCAAGAGAUUCUAUGAAUUUUCUCUCAGGCUAGAGAACGCCCUGCGCAGUCUAUUGGAGGCCCUAACCAGCCCACCCUACGCUCCCAUGCAGCAUCUGGAGAGAGAGCAGGCCCUCGCCAAACAGUUCGCCGAAAUCCUGCACUUCACUCUCAGCUUUGAUGAGCUUAAGAUGACAAAUCCAGCCAUACAGAAUGACUUUAGCUACUAUAGGAGGACCAUCAGCAGGAAUCGUCUGAACAACCAGCAGUUAGAAGCUGAGAAUGAAGUAAAUAAUGAAAUGGCCAAUCGGAUGUCGCUCUUCUACGCUGAAGCCACACCCAUGCUCAAAACCCUGAGCAAUGCCACUACCAAGUUUGUGUCAGAGAAUAAGACUUUGCCAAUUGAGGACACCACAGAUUGCCUGAGCACUAUGGCCUGCGUGUGCCGUGUCAUGUUGGAGACUCCGGAGUACCGGUGCCGUUUCACUAACACAGACACCAUGCUGUUCUGCAUGCGUGUGAUGGUGGGCGUCAUCAUCCUUUAUGACCAUGUUCAUCCAGUGGGUGCCUUUGCCAAGACCUCCAAGAUUGAUAUGAAGGGCUGCAUCAAGGUGUUGAAAGAGCAGCCUUCAAACAGCGUGGAGGGACUGUUGAAUGCACUGAGGUAUACAACAAGACAUUUAAAUGAUGACAGCACCUCUAAACAAAUCAGGGCUCUGCUUCAAUGAGAUCAGGAGGAGAGGGAGGGACCACAGAGAAAGAGACUGUCAGAGAAUAAACGAUGGUGGCUGGCAAACCUCUGAAACCUGUUUGUUUACAAGAGCAACUUGAUCUCAAAUUAAAUAAGAUACUCUAGAAAAGAGAAAGGAAUAUGGAAAUAAAUAUAUAUAUAUAUAGAGAGAGAGAUUGUUGAUGGUUCAUCGUCAUGUGUCAUUUUAUAAAAGCAGGAAAAAUAGAGAUAUAUAUGUAUAUUAAAAUUCAAAAACUAAACAAAACUACCCAGUGUGAAUAUAAAGGUCUUUCAAAAACAUAUUAAACUGAAUUAAGAAGCGAUAGUUAAAACCACCAACAAAAAUGGUUCAUAUUCCAACUUACGUCCGAGAGUAUUUUUGCACACUUGAAAAGGAAUCCCACCUCACAAAAAAAGACUUUAACAUGGCUUGAAACUGUAUAGUUCAGAUCCUUUUUCAUGCGUUUAGACUUGAUUUGAUUUGUAAUGCCUUUUGCCUCAUUAUCCUCGAUAUGCUUCAUCCAAUGCGUUCUGGAAAUUGUGGGUUUCCUGAUAAAACUGCAGUCCUUGGCAUUUCAUCAUGGCACAAAGUCUGUUAAAGGAUAAAUAUAAAGAUCACAUACUUGAGAUUCAUCUCAUAUCGCCUGAAAACAAACUAUAAUCAUCUAGCUGUAUAUACUCGGAAAGCACAGGAUAGUUUUGUAAAGAAAUGAAGCGUUUUGUUAGACUUCUUCACUAGUGCUGUACAGCAAUACUCUACCACCAAGGUGACAACUGCAAACACGUUCAUUUGAAAUGCCUUCAUGCCAACGUACGAGACGCCGGAUAAUGCUAACAGCUCGUCUGUGGAGUUUAAAGGCCAGUUGUACAUAUCAUUAGACGAACAAUCCUUUAAAAAGCUUGAUUUUUUUUGUUGAUCUUGUAAAGUUGACGUUAAAACGGAGCGAGUAAGCCAUGAAACUGAAAUUCAGACGCAAACACACAUUCUGCCCUGUGCCAUAGCUGCUUCCUGUACCACUGCGUCUCAUUCACAGUCCAGACGGAGCGACAUAUAACAAACAUCAUCAGUAGAAAGUUAACAAAAAAAAAAAAAAUCACACCAUUGUGAAUGACAACACAGCGAUGUGGAUUUGCUUUCCUCUGUAUUCAAAAGCAAACCAUUGCCAAGUGAGGCUGCAACAUUGCCUUUUAGAUAAAUAGAAGUGAUGCGCUGUGUGACGUUCGAGCGAUUCGUUUUGUCAUGAACACAAUCUCCUGAGACGGAAAACUAGCAUUAUAUUCACUCAAAAAACAACAGGCUUGAAGGUGCAAAACACUUGACUUGGUGUAAAUAAGAGGAUUUUCUUGUGGAAUCUUAUGAGGCCUAAACAAAUGUUCAAUAGAGAUUCUUUGUUAGAAUUACAGAAUUAAAAAAAAAAAAAAAAGAUGUGGGUUUAAAAACAAAAGAAUGAAUCAAAAAGAUUACCGCGACAAACGCAGUGCUGUACUUUGAGUGUCUCUCGCCAUUAGUCGAACUUGAUUUGAUCUUCUAAUAUGUUUUCUAUAUGGAGUGCUGUUGAAAAACAAAAGCUCUGUAUGAAUAUAUAGAUGGCAUGCUGUAAAAGUUCAGACAAGACUGUAAAUAUGGUGUUUUUAUUCAUUUUUAAUUGUUCGGUGAAUCUGAAUUGGGUAUGUGUUGUCUCUAAGAAAACCAUGCGUUUUGGCUUGGACCAUCGGACUUGCCGUAGACAUUUGUUCCAGAUCUUCAACUUCAUAUCAGCGGGGAAAUUCAAACAGGGCAGGGAGGAGGGUGGGGGGACGGGAUGUCCAUUUGCUUGUUAUUUUGUACAUUUUGUGCAAGAAAUAAACUUGUCAUUUACUACAUUCAA